AUGUAAAAAAUAAUUAAAAAUACAUUUGACUUAUUUAUUUCUUUCCUUAUUUAUAUAUUGAAACAAUACAAAUAUUUAAUAUAUUAAGGAUAUAUAUUGUUGAAUAAUUUUUGUUAUAUUAAUGAUUUAAGAAUAGAAAAUAAUCUAAUUAUAGAACAAUUAGAUAUUUUUAAAUUUGAAACAUAUUGUCUUACUAAUCUUGGUUAUUAUUUACCUCUUGUAUUUAAUUAAUGUAUACCAAUUUGUGGUGAUGGUAUAAUAACUCAGGAUGAGGAAUGUGAUGAUAAAUUGACAUAUUAAUCUCAUAUAUGUUUUAAUUGUAAAUUUUAAUGUCCAAUCAAUUGUUUAUAAUGUUUAUAUGGGUAAUGUAUUUAAUGCAUUGAAGGAUUUUCAAUAUAAGAAAAUAGAUGUUAUCCUAAAUGUAGAGAUUAAUUAAUCAAAUCUGAUAAGAUAUGUGAGGACGAUAAUAAUAUUCAAUUUGAUGGAUGCUAUAAAUGCUAAAAUAGUUGUCAAAUUGAGUGUCUUGUGUGUUAAAAUACUAAAUGUGUAUAAUGUAUAUCUGGAUGGAAUUUAAUAUAAGGGAAAUGUAAUUAGAUUUGUGGUGAUGGUUAAGUAGCAAUUAUCUCUGAAGAAUAAUGUGAUGAUCCUUAAAACUUAAAUUGCAGAAAUUGUUAAAUUUUUAUAUGCAAUGAGUAUUGCAAGCUUUGUGAUAAUCAAUAAUAAUGUAUAAUAUGUAAUGACACAUUCAAUCUAGUUAAUAAUAAAUGCAUAAAUAUUUGUGGUGAUGGAUUAUUAACAUAAGGAUUUGAAGAAUGUGAUGAUGGAAAUUAAAUUGAGUUUGAUGGAUGCUAUAAUUGUAAAUAUUCAUGUAGUAAAGGAUGUUUGGUUUGUUAAGAAAAUAAUAUUUGUUUAUAAUGUAACAAUGAAGAACAAUUUAUUCUUGAUCAUACAACUCAUAAAUGCUUUACUUAAGAUUAUUAAGAUGAGGAAGUUCAAUUAAUAAAUAAAGAAGAUUCAUCAAAUACAGAGGAAAUUCAAAUUAUUAAAAAUGAAGAUACAAAUAAUAAUGAUGAUUAUAUUCAAAUACUUUAAAGUGAUUAAUAAUAAUUUGAAUUGAAUUGUGGUAAUGGUAAACUUUAAACUAGUUUGAAUGAAGAAUGUGAUGAUGGAAACUUACUUGGAGGAGAUGGAUGUUCUGAAUCAUGUUUCAAUGAGCUUUCUUUUAAGUGUUAAAGUCUUGAAAACUAAAAAAGUGAAUGUGCAUACAUACAAGCACCUGAUUUUCAUUUAAAUGUAAUCACUAAUUCAUAGAAUUCACUUUAAAUUAUUGAUCUAACUUUUUCUUAGUAGAUUAAAUUAAAUUAAAAUAACACAAUUGAAUCUAUUGCUGACUUUUAGAUUAAACCAGAAACUAAAUAUCAAUUAACAAUUAUUCCAUUUUCUAAUUUAACUAGUGAAUUAAAUAUGUCUCAUUACCAAUUUUAUAUUUAAUUUGAAUAAAGUGUAGAUCAUCCUAUUUUUACAUUAAGGUUUAUGGAUGAAUCAAUAAUUAAUUCUGAAAAUAUUACCAUCAAAAGUGUUUAGAAAAGUAUUUAAAUAGGAAAUCCUUUUGUCUUAUCAAACUCUACAAAAAAAAAAUUAACAUAAAUCGUAUCGAUGAAUGAUGCAAUUAUGUAUACAAUGAUAAGUAUAUCUGCAUUAUCAUUUUUAAUUGGAAAUCCAGAAAUGUUCUUUAAUCUAUUAAAUUUACUAUAAUCAUUUUCUUACAUUCGAUAUGUACAAUAUCAAUUCCCACCUCAUUUAUCACAAUUUCUUGAAACUUACUCUAAAAUUUCUUUAAAAUUAGCAUUAGAUUACUUAAAAGUAGAUUAAUUUUUAGCCUAAUUAAACAGAGGAAAUUAUCCUUAAUCAAAAAAUACAACCUUAUAAACAAAUCAGAUCAAUUAAAUAAAUCAAAUAUUUUUGGUCAAUGCAAAAAGUUGUUAUAUUACAGUUUUAACUUCAUAUCUUACCUAUUUAAUGUAUAAAAUAAUAACAUCAUAAUAAAUUGAUUAUUUCCUUAAUAAACUGACCUAAUUAAAAUAUGAAAAUAUUAAAUAUUUACAAGUAAUAGGAUUAUUUUAAAGAAAAAUCCAGUAAAAAUGUUUAAAAAUGAAGUUUGAAUACUUUUCUAAAACUAUAUUUUAGGUAUACCUUACAAUACUUCAUUAAUUUCUCUUUAGUACCUUUAUGCAAUUUCCAAACUAUAGUUUUGAAUCAUUUUUUGAAGCUCUAAAUUCAAUUAAUUCUCUAUUUGCUAUUGGUUUGAUAAUUUUUAUUAAUUUUAAAUCACUUUCUAUUACUUCCUAAUAAAUUAAAAAUGUAAAUAAAUGGAAGUUUUUUUUUGAGGAAUCAAAGUCUUAAUUUUGGGCUUCCAAUUAUAAAUCAUUCUAAUUGUAUCGUGUUACCAUUUAUAUUUUUCUAAUUGUGUUCUUUAUGAAUCAACCUGAAAUAUAAACUAUUUUGCUCUCCCUUCAAUCCUUAAUUUACUUACUUUAUUUAUAUAAAGUAUAGCCAUUAAAAUCAUAAAGUGAAUAUAUCAAAUUAAUUUUGAGAGAAUUCAUUUUCCUUACAACUGUCGGCUCAUUUUUAAUUUACAGUUUUAAUUUAACUGAAGAAUAAUACUUAAUCUGCGGUUGGAUCCAUAUUUCAAUGCUCUCAACCAUAUUAGGUAUAAAUCUAUUUAUAGAUAUGAUUGAAUUUUUAGGUAAGCUAUAUGCUAAUUACCAAAAAAAAAAAUUGAAGUUAGAGAGAAAAUAAUAAAAGAAUAUCCAAUUUCCACUUUGA